GCCAUGAUUUAAUCAAUGAUAGUCACUCGAGCUCAGAUGAUUCCCUUUCAACCAAACUGAGUUUAUUCAAACUAAUAAAAAUAAUUUAAAAAAUGAAUGGGACAUUAUUUACAGGGUAUUUUGAUUUCGAGCGGCGUUUCGAUGAAAAAGUCGCAUUUAAAUGGUUUGAGGAAAACUGGACAGUGUCCUUUGUGCUGUGUGCUCUGUACGCCGUGGUUAUUUUCCUCGGCCGGUCCCUGAUGAGAGACAGACAGAAGUUGGACCUGCGUGUUCCUCUGGCGCUCUGGUCCCUCAGCCUGGCUGUGUUCAGUAUUAUAGGAACAGUGCGUACAGGAUCCUACAUGCUACACCUUCUCGGCGCUGGUGGAUUCAGGCAGACCGUGUGUGACACAAGCUUCUACAGCGCCCCCAUCAUCAAGUUCUGGGCCUAUGCCUUCGUCCUCAGCAAGGUUCCCGAGUUUGGAGACACGGUGUUUAUCGUUCUGCGUAAGCAGCGUCUGAUGUUCCUGCACUGGUACCACCACAUCACGGUGCUGCUGUACUCGUGGUACACCUACAGAGAGCGAGCUGCAGGAGGCUGCUGGUUCAUCACCAUGAACUACACCGUGCACUCGCUCAUGUACAGCUACUACGCGGCGAAAGCAGCCGGCCUGCACCUUCCUCGGCCCUGCGCCAUGAUCAUCACCGCCCUCCAGACUCUACAGAUGGCUCUGGGCCUGACGGUUCUGGUGCUCGUGUACCGCUGGCAGAACGAUGCGAUGUGCAGGUCCACCGACAGCAACAUCACCUGGGGUUUGCUCAUGUACUUCAGCUACCUGCUGCUCUUCGCUUCCUUCUUCUACCAGUCCUACGUGAAGGGAGGGAAGAAGGACAUGGCCGGGGAGAGAAGAGUUAAAUCUGAAUAGAUGGGAGUGGGUGCUGUCUUUCUGUCUAUCUCUCUAACUUGAUGUCUGUCUGUUCAGGGUUUGAAUAAGGUUUCAGGAAGUGUUCAGUUAAGAGGUUUACACUGUAGGCCUAUGAUUAGCUCUCACGGACACAAAUCGCACAAUUAUCUGGUUGUAAGUUGAGAUCGGUGGUAUUGGAACACGUAUUCUGAUGUUCUCACGAGGUUUUAGUGUCACUGCAACCGAAGUCAUCCAGUGACAGUGAUAGGAGUAUAAGCAUUUUUUAAUGGAAAUGACAGAGUGUCAGCGUUGCCACGACGCUUGUUGAAAAUCCACCACUACGAUGACGCAAAACAUCUAUAAUAAUACAUACACUCAUAAUCGUGACCUAAAGAUGCUAAUGAACAGAAAAAUUCACCUUAUUUCCUUUGAAAAACGUGUUUACGCAACUGUCAAGUCAAAUUUAUUUGUAUAGCGCUUUUAACAAUAAACAUUAGGGUGCAUCAGUCGCCGUCACUUUCAUAAAAUCUGAUGCGUUUUUGUUCGGGUGUUCCUUUUCACCAAUAAAGACAUCCUGUAAAAUUUUUUGACCAUAUUCAAAAGUCUAAUGGUGGCACCAUGAGGUUCAUUUUUUGCCAAAAAACGCUUAUUUUAUGUUUUCGCGUAAGGUUUGAAUCACAAUGUUGGACUCCGUUUAUUGAUUUCUUGUGAGCCAGAGAUCAUGUUAAGAACCUUUGCAAGGGAUUGAGAAGCAUUAAUGUGAUUCAUAAUACAUUUGUAUUGUUUAAAAGUAGUUGAACAAUGAUUCAGUGAACAGCUAAAACUCAAACUGUGCUUGAUAAUAUAUUUAGAAUAUGUACUAAAAAUGUGUAUCUAAGAUAUUUGGUAUACUCUAUAAGGUGCCAUAAUGUUUCAUGAAAAGUGAUCGAAAUUUUGUCAUAAAAGUCAGAAAAUAGCAGCUUUUUCCAUAACUUUGAGCUCCUGGUGCCGCCAUUAAACUUUUGAAUUUUGUCAAAAUAUUUCACCCAGUGUGUUUUCUUACCAAAAGGAACAUAAAAACAAAAAUGCAUCAUGAUCGGAGGAACUUUUCAUUUUCAGGGGGCAACUGAUGCACCCUAAUAAACAUUGUCGCAACGCAGUUUUACACAAUUUGAACGACUUAAAACAUGAGCUAAUUUUAUCCCUAAUCUAUCCCCAAUGAUGAAGCCUGUGGCGACGGUGGCAAGGGAAAAACUCCCUCAGACGACAUGAGGAAGAAACCUCGAGGGGGACCAGACUCAAAAGGGAACCCAUCCUCAUUUGGGCAACAACAGACAACAUGACUAUAUAACAUUAACAACUUUAACAUGAAGUCAGUUUCGUUGAUGUUAUAAACUCUUCAUUGAUGGAAACUUGAGUGCAAAACUGUUCAUGACAACUGCAGUCCUAAAGUUAGCAAGUCAACUGUAGUCCUCAGCCAUAAAAGCAUUACUGUAAGAGUCCAGAGCGUCUUCCAAGUGUGACUUUCAGCUGUCCACAUGGGGCCGUCCUCCACAGGAGCGAUGUGAUGAGACUCCAACCAGACACAGGGCACCAGGAUGGAUCAGGCAGGUCCGAGGAGCAGAAGAGGUUCAGCAUCUCGAUCCCAGGACCGACAUGUAACUCAGAGGGACAGAUUUUGGGGGAGAGAGAAAACACAGGUUGUUGGGUAUGCCCAAUGUCACCUGAAUAAGUAGGAACAGUAUACAUCAGGGAUUCUUGAGAUGAGGGACAAAACCUGUCCGGGAGAUAAAACUCAUUGUAAUGAUUAAAAUGUGUUUAGAAAAUGUCAAAUAACUUGAUUAAACAAUAAAACAACAACAUAUAUAUACUACAAAAUGUUAAUUAAUGUUUUUUUACACAUAUAUUGUAUUUUAAAUAGCCUUGUGUGCUGCCUGAACCUAAAAUACCCAUGUCCGAAAGCACGUUUCAUGACUUCACAAUACUUAAAUAAUUGUUUAAAGUACAUUAAAACAAACAAAAUUGCUACUGUGAUCAUGUAUUUUAAAUGAAUAUUCAACCUGCGUAGGAACCAACCAUUUAAAAAAUAUAUUUAUGUACUUUUUACGGGAUUGAAAUCGUGUCCGGACUUUCUGUCAACACCAUAAGAUUUUUCUAAAAACGCAAAAAAUCAGGCAUUAUAGUGGCCAACUCACAUUCUAAGGACCCCUUUUCUGCUCCCUGUGUGGUGGACAUGCCAUGAGGGCUCUGCUCUGGUAAGUUAAUAUUUCACAUAUUUGUCUUAAAUUAUCUUCUUUUACAAAACCACCUAUGUCACAACCAUAGAGUGUCAACACCAUGGUCAAUAAAAUUCAAGGUUUAUGUGAUUUUUAUUUAGAAAUAAAAGUUUAAUCUAACUUUAUUUUGGAGGCCAUAAGCAGCUGGUGAAAAACAAGAUGGCUCCUGCAAAGAAAACACAUGUUAUGAUGAAAAGUUGAAGAUUUCGUCAACUCCGUAAGACUCCAUCAGGUGUCAACUCCAUAAGAAAAUUUGUCUUAUGGAGUUGACCACUUAACUUUUAUGGUGUUGACAAAUGGGACUUGAAUGUAUUAUUUACCCAUUUAAUUAAAUUUUAUGCAUUGACAUUGUAGUUUUAUUAUUUUAUAUUUUAAUAACAUACAUUCAUUCAAUAUGAAAUACACAGAAGAUAAUUACCGUAAAAUACCAAAUAAUAGCCCGGGCUAUUAUUUGUCUCAAUCACGUAAGAGACCCGGAGCGUAUUAGAGACUAGGCGGCUAUUUGGAACAGGCGAUUAAUUCCUUCUUCACAAACACCUUCCCCAAAAUCUACCUCAAAACGGGGAAAAAAUCAUUCUCAGAUAGGCCUACUUUUAACCAGUAUAACUUAGUUUGUUUAGAGUUAGAUUACAGAUAGCACGGUGCCGACUUCGGGGAAUUUUGAAGACGCGCAGAAUGCAUCUUCGCAUGGCACAGUCGGGGUGGAUAAAGGAUAAAUCACACACCUUUUCCUGUUAAUGACUAGUUAAGUGCAUGCUUUACAAAAUAAUCAAGAAACCACACCAUUGUCUGUCUGUGCGCAGCACUGUGAUUUAAUUACUCUGCAAAGUUAUGGUCACUUGCUAUCACCCUCACCCAUGCAGCCUCCACCCUUUGCGCUUCGCGAUGUCUGUCAAUCUGAAAUUGCAUGGAGGGCGCGACGUUGAAGCAACAUAAUUAGGGUGCGAAGUGUCAAACCAAAGGGUUUUUUCUUAUGCUGAAAAAUAAGUGACCUGCAGUGGCUACAUACUGUCAUCUUGCAUUCUCACGUUUGUCUCCGAUAUGAGCCUAUUCCCCGAGUGAGUUGGUACGGUGGCUCGACCCCGUAGAAAACUUCAAGUUCGGAUGAAAGUUAGUUGAAUAGGUUACUGACUUGUAGGCCUACAUGUUGCCUGCCUGACGCGUGCUUCUGCCCAACUUGCACGACAGAUUACUUGUUGAAAAGGCCCCUUGGAUUAGAUUGGCCGCGAGCAGACUGAAAUGCAUGUUAGAACGCUCUCACCUUUUUUGUAAAGCGUCUUCCAGAUCCGAAUGGGUAAGGGCAAGUGAAAUGGUAUAAGGUCUUUAAUAAAACUCAGUGUGUGCUUUGACGCAUGCAUUCGGCAAUUUAGGUCGUUUAACAGAAGCAGCAGUCCAACCUUGGAAACCCGCAGUCCUCAAUGUCACCACACACACUGGCUUUCGUUGGGUAUACCCAAAGGGGUAUUCCUCAUUCGAUGACGUAAGUGAUAUCCCACACACCCAUGUCAAACGUAAUUGGCUAAGACAUCUGUCAAAAGUUACGGAGUUGCAUUCCUCAAGAAAUAUUACGGUAGACCAAGAUUAUAACAUUGAAAUGGCAUGUUUUCAAUGUUCGUAUCACGUAAG